CGUCGGGUAAGCCAGAGAGAACUGUCAAAUCGUGAAAAAAUAUCUUCCUUCGGGUGCGUGUGUUCUCAGGAAUGACAGCAUCAAGAAAACGGCCUAUAAAUUGUGAUUUCUCGUUGUGGAUUAUCUGCUGGGAUGUGCUAAAUCGUGUUCAAAGCCAGCAUUGAGUCGUGCACUCAAUGAAUGUACUGUUAAAAAUUGCUGCAUUGAAGUGGGUGACCUGGAGGUUGUCUCCGUUGUCCGAACAGUGAGCAGAUACAUAAACAACUUUUUGCUAACUGGAACUGGAGCUAGUCUGAAGAUAUUCGUCGGUGGACCAGCCAAAUACCUUCUAAAGCUGACGAAUGAUACCAAUUAGAUGAAUAUGUUCCGUAAUCCACGAAAUCGGCUGUGAUAAGAAUCCUACUGAAUGCAUAGCUCAUCCGAGCAAGUAACGUGUCGGGUGGAAUUUCAAUUUGCAAGAUAUUUUGAUUUCGACAAAAGUAAACAAGUGACGUGCCCAGAAAAUGGAAAUGUCAGAAAUACCGGAAGUGAAGGUGUCCAGCUGCAGUAAACCAUUUCAGUGUUCGGAGUGUAACAAACAGUUCCGGCAGUUGAGCACAUUGACAAAUCAUAUGAAAAUACACACUGGUGAUAAACCCUACAAAUGCACAAUAUGCUCGAAAGAAUUUCGCCAAACCACAACCCUGUCCAAUCAUAUAAAAAUUCACACAGGAGAAAAACCUUUUCACUGCACCUACUGCGGUAAACAGUUCCGUCAAUUGAGUACGCUAUCCAACCAUCUCAAAAUCCAUACCGGAGAAAAACCCUACGAAUGCUCAGUCUGUGGGAAACAGUUUCGGCAGAGCAGUACCCUGAACAGUCACAUCCGGAUUCACUCGGAUGACAAGUACUCUGUGAAACCCUUCAAAUGCAGCGUUUGCCCCAAGGAGUUCCGCCAAACUACGACCCUAUCAAACCACCUGAAAAUUCACACCGGUGAAAAACCUUACUUAUGUACAUAUUGCAAUAAAAGUUUUAGACAGACAGGCACGCUCUCGAACCACUUAAAAAUUCAUACCGGAGAAAAACCUUACGAAUGUUCUGUGUGCCGAAAACAGUUUCGACAGUCCAGUACGCUGAAUUCUCACAUUCGAAUCCACGCGGAGGACAAGAUAUGUAAAACAUCUCCAUCACCACUUCCGUCAACUGUGACCACAAUCACCAUGAAGCUGGAAGAUAUGAAACCGCCGCUGUACACCAUCAUUUAGGUAUAGAGAAGUCCAAACUUUGUUCACAACAGCACAACAACUAACCGAAGGUGCGACCGCCUAGCUAGGGCCCCAGUAAGCCAGUUACUGCAGAUGCAAUUUAUGUUAUUCUGUUAAAUUUUGCAACCUCCCCGAUCAACCGGAUUGAUUAUCACAACCCUAGGUAGGAGUAACUGGGCUUCACUAGUUGGGAAACGCACCGCAGAUGUCGUCUCAGCCAAGGUGCGGACAGUCCGAUGCGAAUGUAUUAUACUACAGCUUCGUCUUCGUUUAUCAUUAAGGUUUUAACAAAUUGCGCCGGGAACCCAUAAUAUACAGCCAGCCAGCCAACACAAUCAGUUUGCGCGAUGGCAUUAAUUUGGUCAUGCUUGCCGCCCGAGUCCGACCUAUCAAUUCCAUUCUGGUUUGGAAGCUUUGGAUCAGUGUUGUGGGCCGAAAUUAAAACAUUAUCAACCUACAAAUGGCACUGUCCGGUAAUCAUCGGUCAUUGGAGGUGCUACGUGACACUGGUAAAUCAUCGGAGCUUUACCAUCGUACGGGAAAAGGGCAUCGCAUUUCGAGUUUUUUAGACUUAUUUUUUCUUCUUUGGUAAUCAUUAUUGAGCUUGGCUGAAAUUAUUGAAGCAGAAAAAAAAAACAAGCAUGAAACAGAAAUGGAUGAAAAACGACGUGAUAUGAUAGGACAAGUGAUCGGAAGAAUGCGGUGAGGGAUGGUCAAUUAUUGUAACCGAUUCUGUGUGUUUUAGAUUUUUGCUUUUAUUUAAUUUUUGUUGACCACUACUGAAUGAAUGAUGGGAUCGCAAUUUUUUAGCCAGUUUUAUUUUAAAUUGGUGCUACUUAAAAUAUGUAACACUUUUGUCACAGUAUAGCAUGAAAAACGGCUUAACCACAAUAAGUCAAGAGUUUGUAAACCAGGAUCGGUAUAAUUAAUUGUAUAGUAGAAAUAUAUUUUGUUAAAAUUAUAUUUAACAAAAUAGCGCUCAUGCAGAAUCAAUUGUGUGUUUUGUUUGUCUUCGGAUGGCAGUCUAGGGAUCAGGGUCAUUUCGCCGAAAGCCAUUUCGCCGAAAGCCGUUUCGCCGAAAGUCAUUUCGCCGAAAGGGUUAUUUCGUCGAAUGCCAUUUCGCCGAAAGGGUAAUUUCGCCGAAUCCUGAAAUCGUCUUGAAAUCGUCAUUAGAAUUAAUUUAAAUUAAAGACAAACGAAAGAUGAUAGCGUUAACGCCCGUUUUGUUGACCUACCAUUGUACUACUUGAAUAAUGAUUGAUUGUUGUACUCUUGAAUAAAGAUUGAUUCAUGAACCUCAGAAAGUAGUUCCCAACAAAACUUGUUGGCUAUUAGCUAGUAAGCAUCAAAGCAAUUGCAUAGGUGUAUCUACCAGGCAAAUGUAGGUGGUAUUUUCCGUUUAUUAUGUGAAAAUGAAAAAACAUCUAAUGCGGCUACGCCACGUGGUUUUGGUUCAUGUGUUGUCCGACCUCGCUACCGCUCGUUCGGACCUAACUAAAGCAAAGAAACCUAGCUUUGAGUAGACCGGGCAAACGAGGCGGUUACAGGUUUGUAUGCAAGAGGCCGCCGCUUCCGACGGCGGAUCGGCGGCCGACUCAGCUGGCGUCGGCUCGGCUUUGUGCCGCCGAACCAUCUUGGCUUCGGUUAUGUUGCUGCGCCACAUCAGUUAUACAAGAGACAUAAUAUGCAGGAGAUAUUACCCUUUCGGCGAAAUGACCCUUUCGGCGAAACGACUUUCGGCGAAAUGGCAUUCGGCGAAAUGGCUUUCGGCGAUAUGACCCGCUCCCGCAGUCUAGGAAUGGAAUCCACAUUUCCCCUAUUUCUUGAUGGAAAACAAAGUUUUUCUUUUCUCGGAAUUUGAAGGUAUGUUCUUAUAAUGUGCUUACCGGAGAAAAGGAAGUUAAAAUCAAUCAGGUCGGAAUUCUAGAUGGCGACUUCUGAUAAGAAUUACUAUAUUAACAGAUUUUUCUGCAAAACCACUGAUUUUUUACCUAUUUUGCCACACAGAUUCUGUGUCACAGAACACAGAUUUUGUCAAAAUUCGCAGAUUUCUACAGAUGAAUAUUUCAUAAAAAUGACGGAUUUUCAAAAUGUUUUUCACAGAUUAUGAUCAAAAAUAUGCAACGCAGAUGGUACACAGAUUUUUCAAGUUGAAACACAGAUUUUAAAAUGGCAACUCUGCUUCUGAUGCGUUGGGAUUUCCUGAUAACCUUCACAGUAUGGUCAUUUUCGGAUCGGAUUUGAUGAGAACAUUCCGGAGGACAUCAUCAUUCGUAGUCGUUUCUAACUCCUAGAUGGUAACUCCCGAUCUAUUGAUAUUAUUUGAAAUCGGUUAAAAUAUGGGUGUUUUUGGAUUGAAUUUAACCACCAGAACUUGAAACCCAUUUUCCGUUCGGAAAAUAUAUGUACUCUGAGGUCUUUUUCUACGCGUUUUUUUCGUGGUCUUUUUUUACGAGGAUUUCCGAAGUUACGCGGUCUCAAAUUCCCAAAGCCGAUUUUCACAAUUAUUUUUUGAAAAUACACCAGAUCUGAACGUUUCAUGCAUUUCUAAGAUAUUUGGCAUCUGAAAAAAAUUCUCUUUAGUUUUUAGGUUUUUUUACGCGGAUUUCCAAAGUUACGCGUAAAAAGAAUUCUCAGUGUGCUGUAAUGGUUUCCCAAACAAUAUCGAUGUACUGGUAGUCGCCAUCUUGGAUUUCGGAACGACUACAUUUUUUCCGUCAUCGACUCAAUCAGAUGACAAUCAGUUCGCGAACGGUUCGAAAGAUCUAGUUCUGCUGGAAGAAUGAAUGAACAACGAAUACUAGUUGUGUGAUAUAGAAAAAAAACCCUGUUUUAAUCCACCUAGUGGUGUAAUGAUGCUUUUCUCAUUACCAUUUCAUAAGAAAUCGAUGCAAGUUCCGACGGAAUGUUCGACAGUCUGUUUCGAGAGCCGAAACUCGGAGAUCGUCACAAUCGCAGAUCAAAUAGCCAGGCUGAAGGGUUAAAUAUUAAUAAAGUUUGCUUUAAAAAUUUCGUAUUUAUCUGCGUCGUAAACAUUAUGACGAUUAGACAUUUUGACCAAUAUAUGGAAAGUUCAGCGAAAAAACUAUUCCAUGCAAAUGUUGAUUAUAGAGACAAAGACUUUGAAACGAAGUUGAUUGAUUCACCUUUAAUUCACUAUUUAGAUUGAGUCAAUUAAACGAAAAUGAAACCAAACCAAAACCUGUGCUCCUGUUUCUGCUAUAUAAGAAAUUCAAGUUAAAUGGAUAGUAAUACUUUUCCGACAGCACAAAAAAAAAAACACAAAUAAACAACCUACGAAUUCGGUUGUGUUUUGAAAAACGUUUUCGUUCUCCCGUACACGCUAUACGAAAUCGAAUGAAGCACGCUGUAUGCUUCGUCAGCAUGGCGGUGGUAUUUUCUUCUUCCGUACCAGUACGUUUCGAUGCGUACCGGUUUUGCAUCGUCAUUUUGUGUAUGAUGGUUUGAAAGUAUUGACACUUUCACAAGAAAUCGAAUCUGGAUGAAGCUGCACACUAUCUUUCAAGAGCUUCAAUUUGAAUCAAGAAUUGUGAAAAUUGGUUUAACCGUUUGCUGAGAAACCGAAGUGAGUUCCGAUUUUGGAAUUCUUCGUCACUAUUAUCGGUGCUUCCGGAAUCGGAAACCGAGGACUAGUAAUCUAAAAGUAAGUUUAUAUAUUCACCAACUAACAAGAUCUGCCAACUAGUUUAAUUUAUCAGUAAAUGUUACAAAAAUUUAUACCUCGUUCCGCCCGCCGUCACAAGAUGAACAAAAUUCCAAUGAAAUUAAAUUUCAUUAAAUCUGUUCAGCAAUGUCAGUGACUCAUAUAGAAACCGAUUUUGGAAACGACACCCGGAGGGCCGAGUGUCAUAUACCAUUCGACUCAGUUCGUCGAGUACGCAAAAUGUCUGUUUAUGCGUGCGUAUGUAUGUAUGUAACAUUUUUUGUACUUCUUUUUUUCGGAGAUGGCUGAACCGUUUUUCAUGAAUUUAAAUUCAAAUGAAAGGUAUAAUUGUCCCAUACAAAGUUCCUGAAGUUUAUUCCGAUCGGACUUCCGGUACCAGAAUUACAGGGUGAAGUUUGCUGAAAUAUUUAUACUGUCACUAAAAGCAGCGAUGUAGAAAAAUCGUAAGAUAAUUUCUAAACAUCCCUCAAAACUUUUUCAAUCGGUAGUCAUUGUCAUUAGACGGCCAAACAAAUUAAUAUAGUUUUUUCUGAUUCUCGGUUUUCGAUUAACGACCGGAGAUUAUAGCCAUAGACUCAAAAAUGGAUCUCAAUCACUUCUUUCGAAACGACUUCGAUUAUACCGGUUCCCGGAUUCCGGUUUCGGAAGUACCUGCAAUAGUGCAACUCAUUUCGUUUACUUAGAAAUGGCCUAACCGACUUGAGUACUGUUGAACUCUGUAGGUUAUACUAGUUUAUGGACAAACCUUUGUGCUUUUCAAGAGUCAAAGAAGACUAUUCUGAAGAGUACCACACAUUUAUAUAUGAGUAAAUGAGAGAUAUAGGAAAGGCAUCAUUACACCACUAGGUGGAUUGCAACAAGUUUUACCCCAUUUUUUUGGUGAAUAUCCUAUAAUUUCGGAACCGGAAGUCGCAUCGGGAUAAAAUUCAAUAAUAGCCAAUGGGACCAUAAGACCUUUCAUUUGAAUCUGAGUUUGUGAAAAUCGGUUCCGCCAUCUCUGAGAAAAUUGAGUGAAAAUUGAGAAUCGGUUGUAGAGUCGGUUUCCACAGCGAUUGCAUAGCCUUUUUAUAUGAGAAAGUCCAAAAGUGAAUGAUCUCCAUAAGAAAGUGUACUGAUAAUUGUAUAUUUCAAAAAGCUCGUAGUUUUUAAGAAUGCAGUAGAAAUCGCAUAUUUUAACGACAUCUAAAAAAGUGCACAAAAGUGAACGAUUACUAGUUUAAAUACACGCAAAAAGUCACUGCCUUGUCCAUCACCGAAAUAUUUUUCUCUCAUUUUUUUCCCAGAAACAUAGAUAAUUAUUUCGGGCAGUUUUUCUACCAGUUUUUCAAUCAAUAUUUGUUCUUCGAACUGCUAUUUCGAGUUGUUUUUUAAAUCAAUUUUUAAUUGUUUCAUUUUCUGCAUUUUUUGAGCAGUUUUUACUAGAUGUUCAACCGUUCCAUGAAAUUGUUUUGAAAUCGACAUUAAACCGUUCCUCGAGCAGUUUUUGCGAACAAUUUUCCGAGUGGUUUUUUAAUCGAUAUUUAUUCGUUCCUCGAGCAAUUUUUUAUAUCCAUUGUUAAUCGUUCUUCGAGCUGAUUUUUCGAGUAUUUUUUCAAAUCUCAAUUCGUUUUACCUAUUUUUAUAUAUAUAAAAAAUAGGUAUAGAAUUCGCUCAAACUUUAGAAAAUUUUUCCGAGGCCCGGAGGGCCGAAUGACAUAUACCAAUCGAUUCAGCUCGACGAACUGAGCAAAUGUCUGUGUGUGUGUGUAUGUGUGUGUGUCUGUAUGUGUGUUGUCAACUAAGAGGUCGAGAUCUCAGAGAUGGCUGAACCGAUUUUGAUCAAACUAGUCGCAAAUGAAAGAUCUCCCCGUCACCCAAAACGCUAUUGAAUGGUUUUGAGAUCGGAUGUUUACUUUUUGAGUUAUACAAAGUUUUAUGUCAAAAUUUUCAGUUUUUUGACAGUAUCUGUCACAAUUGACCUUGAAAACAGAAUAUGUUUUCAGACUUAGAUUCCGCACGGUAAUACCUAUCCAACAAGCCAUAGAUUGUUAAAAUCCGUCCAUUUUUAACGGAGAUAUCGAAAUUUUUCUGUAAGCGACUUUUCCCCCUAUUCCAGCAGUAGGAGUUUUGAGCGCUGUAUGACAAAGAAAUGUUUGGGAGCAACGGAAAACACGAUUUUUUAUACUGUUACAUACAAUUGUUUCUAAGUACCAAAAGGAUUGUGUACAGCAUCCUUUUUCAUGACAUUUAGCCUCGGACCGAUUUUGGCACGGCUCGUUUUUGGCAACAUAAUCGUUCGAAUAUGACAUAUAUAAACCAGAUGAUGGCAGAAUUUUUUUUAAUUAUUUUGUUUUAAACUACUUACAGCAAUAAAUGCAGGAACAACAUAACAUCCAUAUACCAUUCGAAUCAGUUCGUCGAGAUCAGCAAAUGCGUGUGUGACAAAUAAUUUCACUUAAUUUUCUCGGAAAAUUUCUUUUCUACAAAUUCAGAUUCAUACGAAAAGUCGUAUGCUCCAAAACAAAGUUCCUGCAUUAUGUUUGGUUCCGACCUCUGGUUCUGGAACUACAGGAUGAUAUGUGAAACGAAAUCAAAAUUGUGUAACUCAUUUUUCUCGUAGAUGGCUGAAACGAUCUAAGAUUCAAAUGAAAAGUUUCAAGGUUCUAUAAAACAUCUUGCUCUUCAGUCAGAUCCAACUUCCGGGUUCGGUGAUAGUAUACAAAUGUCUAUUCCACAUAAAUUAAUCUGGUUUAUCGGGUUAGCAGAUUUGGAUAGUCGAUAAAAAAUUAACUUUUUUCAGUUUUAGUGGUAUUCAGUUGUCGAUCAGAAGGCACCUAAAAAUUUAAUUCGUGCUAUGAUCUCUCAAAGAUGUCUUAACUGAUUUUCAAAUAUUUUGAAACAAAUGUGAACUGUACAGCUACUCAGGUGAAUUUAUCUGACUUCGGCCAUACCGCUUUUAGAAUUCCGGUUCCAGUAUAAAAUCCAGUUUCUCAAAGCUCAAAAAAAGCCUAAUCGAAUUUUUUCUCAAAAAAAGCCUAAUCGAAUUUCAGAAACAAAAAUACAAAUUAAAACAAACUUAUAUACAAAAAUUAAUUAAUUUUAUCCAAAUAUGAUAUCCGGUUCUCGAAUUACAUGAUGAUGAAUUUUUAAAAUUCAAACCGAUAUAGAAGAUGACAAUCCCGAAAAGCUUCAAAGUUGGACUCAAAACUGUUGUAAUAUUUUCGUCAUAUGGCCAUACGAAUCGGUUUGGGUUAUGCUGGUUCCUGAAUACCGGCUCUGGAAGUACCUUAAAUUACCGUAAACUCUAGAGUGGAGCUUACAUAUCAUGGCAUGUUUAAUCGAUUAUCACACUUCUAGAUUCAAAUUCGAUCCGAUUUGCAGUUUCGACAUUACAGAGUAAUGAGUGAUUAAAAUCUCUAAUUGUCGCUUAAAACGAGGGUCAUUAAAAUAAUGUCAUGAAAACUUAAACACCGAAGAAUAUUCAUGCAAAAAACACAUGCGGUUUGAUAAAAAUAGGUAUCAUCUCACUGCUAGGUGGAUUAAACACGUUUUUAUUCUUGUAUCGAGAACUAGUUCAUUAGGUAGAAUUAUCAAGUUCUAGACAGUUCUUUGGAAUGAACUGUUUUGUCCAUCUCUAAUGUUCUCAUCAAAUCCGAUAGGAAAAUACUUUAAAGCAGGUAUGCCCAACCUGUGCUUCGCAGGCUAAUUUUAUACACGAUGAAUUGCAGAAAAUUAUUAUGGUUCCAAAGGGAUCCGCGAUAUGAAAAGGUUGGGAACCACUGCCAAGGUGGUAAGUGACCGGGAAAAAUGGGAUGGCAUGAGUUCCUGAAGUUUAUUCCGAUCGGACUUCCGGUACCAGAAUUACAGGGUGAAGUUUGCUGAAAUAUUUAUACUGUCACUAAAAGCAGCGAUGUAGAAAAAUCGUAAGAUAAUUUCUAAACAUCCCUCAAAACUUUUUCAAUCGGUAGUCAUUGUCAUUAGACGGCCAAACAAAUUAAUAUAGUUUUUUCUGAUUCCCGGUUUUCGAUUAACGACCGGAGAUUAUAGCCAUAGACUCAAAAAUGGAUCUCAAUCACUUCUUUCGAAACGACUUCGAUUAUACCGGUUCCCGGAUUCCGGUUUCGGAAGUACCUGCAAUAGUGCAACUCAUUUCGUUUACUUAGAAAUGGCCUAACCGACUUGAGUACUGUUGAACUCUGUAGGUUAUACUAGUUUAUGGACAAACCUUUGUGCUUUUCAAGAGUCAAAGAAGACUAUUCUGAAGAGUACCACACAUUUAUAUAUGAGUAAAUGAGAGAUAUAGGAAAGGCAUCAUUACACCACUAGGUGGAUUGCAACAAGUUUUACCCCAUUUUUUUGGUGAAUAUCCUAUAAUUUCGGAACCGGAAGUCGCAUCGGGAUAAAAUUCAAUAAUAGCCAAUGGGACCAUAAGACCUUUCAUUUGAAUCUGAGUUUGUGAAAAUCGGUUCCGCCAUCUCUGAGAAAAUUGAGUGAAAAUUGAGAAUCGGUUGUAGAGUCGGUUUCCACAGCGAUUGCAUAGCCUUUUUAUAUGAGAAAGUCCAAAAGUGAAUGAUCUCCAUAAGAAAGUGUACUGAUAAUUGUAUAUUUCAAAAAGCUCGUAGUUUUUAAGAAUGCAGUAGAAAUCGCAUAUUUUAACGACAUCUAAAAAAGUGCACAAAAGUGAACGAUUACUAGUUUAAAUACACGCAAAAAGUCACUGCCUUGUCCAUCACCGAAAUAUUUUUCUCUCAUUUUUUUCCCAGAAACAUAGAUAAUUAUUUCGGGCAGUUUUUCUACCAGUUUUUCAAUCAAUAUUUGUUCUUCGAACUGCUAUUUCGAGUUGUUUUUUAAAUCAAUUUUUAAUUGUUUCAUUUUCUGCAUUUUUUGAGCAGUUUUUACUAGAUGUUCAACCGUUCCAUGAAAUUGUUUUGAAAUCGACAUUAAACCGUUCCUCGAGCAGUUUUUGCGAACAAUUUUCCGAGUGGUUUUUUAAUCGAUAUUUAUUCGUUCCUCGAGCAAUUUUUUAUAUCCAUUGUUAAUCGUUCUUCGAGCUGAUUUUUCGAGUAUUUUUUCAAAUCUCAAUUCGUUUUACCUAUUUUUAUAUAUAUAAAAAAUAGGUAUAGAAUUCGCUCAAACUUUAGAAAAUUUUUCCGAGGCCCGGAGGGCCGAAUGACAUAUACCAAUCGAUUCAGCUCGACGAACUGAGCAAAUGUCUGUGUGUGUGUGUAUGUGUGUGUGUCUGUAUGUGUGUUGUCAACUAAGAGGUCGAGAUCUCAGAGAUGGCUGAACCGAUUUUGAUCAAACUAGUCGCAAAUGAAAGAUCUCCCCGUCACCCAAAACGCUAUUGAAUGGUUUUGAGAUCGGAUGUUUACUUUUUGAGUUAUACAAAGUUUUAUGUCAAAAUUUUCAGUUUUUUGACAGUAUCUGUCACAAUUGACCUUGAAAACAGAAUAUGUUUUCAGACUUAGAUUCCGCACGGUAAUACCUAUCCAACAAGCCAUAGAUUGUUAAAAUCCGUCCAUUUUUAACGGAGAUAUCGAAAUUUUUCUGUAAGCGACUUUUCCCCCUAUUCCAGCAGUAGGAGUUUUGAGCGCUGUAUGACAAAGAAAUGUUUGGGAGCAACGGAAAACACGAUUUUUUAUACUGUUACAUACAAUUGUUUCUAAGUACCAAAAGGAUUGUGUACAGCAUCCUUUUUCAUGACAUUUAGCCUCGGACCGAUUUUGGCACGGCUCGUUUUUGGCAACAUAAUCGUUCGAAUAUGACAUAUAUAAACCAGAUGAUGGCAGAAUUUUUUUUAAUUAUUUUGUUUUAAACUACUUACAGCAAUAAAUGCAGGAACAACAUAACAUCCAUAUACCAUUCGAAUCAGUUCGUCGAGAUCAGCAAAUGCGUGUGUGACAAAUAAUUUCACUUAAUUUUCUCGGAAAAUUUCUUUUCUACAAAUUCAGAUUCAUACGAAAAGUCGUAUGCUCCAAAACAAAGUUCCUGCAUUAUGUUUGGUUCCGACCUCUGGUUCUGGAACUACAGGAUGAUAUGUGAAACGAAAUCAAAAUUGUGUAACUCAUUUUUCUCGUAGAUGGCUGAAACGAUCUAAGAUUCAAAUGAAAAGUUUCAAGGUUCUAUAAAACAUCUUGCUCUUCAGUCAGAUCCAACUUCCGGGUUCGGUGAUAGUAUACAAAUGUCUAUUCCACAUAAAUUAAUCUGGUUUAUCGGGUUAGCAGAUUUGGAUAGUCGAUAAAAAAUUAACUUUUUUCAGUUUUAGUGGUAUUCAGUUGUCGAUCAGAAGGCACCUAAAAAUUUAAUUCGUGCUAUGAUCUCUCAAAGAUGUCUUAACUGAUUUUCAAAUAUUUUGAAACAAAUGUGAACUGUACAGCUACUCAGGUGAAUUUAUCUGACUUCGGCCAUACCGCUUUUAGAAUUCCGGUUCCAGUAUAAAAUCCAGUUUCUCAAAGCUCAAAAAAAGCCUAAUCGAAUUUUUUCUCAAAAAAAGCCUAAUCGAAUUUCAGAAACAAAAAUACAAAUUAAAACAAACUUAUAUACAAAAAUUAAUUAAUUUUAUCCAAAUAUGAUAUCCGGUUCUCGAAUUACAUGAUGAUGAAUUUUUAAAAUUCAAACCGAUAUAGAAGAUGACAAUCCCGAAAAGCUUCAAAGUUGGACUCAAAACUGUUGUAAUAUUUUCGUCAUAUGGCCAUACGAAUCGGUUUGGGUUAUGCUGGUUCCUGAAUACCGGCUCUGGAAGUACCUUAAAUUACCGUAAACUCUAGAGUGGAGCUUACAUAUCAUGGCAUGUUUAAUCGAUUAUCACACUUCUAGAUUCAAAUUCGAUCCGAUUUGCAGUUUCGACAUUACAGAGUAAUGAGUGAUUAAAAUCUCUAAUUGUCGCUUAAAACGAGGGUCAUUAAAAUAAUGUCAUGAAAACUUAAACACCGAAGAAUAUUCAUGCAAAAAACACAUGCGGUUUGAUAAAAAUAGGUAUCAUCUCACUGCUAGGUGGAUUAAACACGUUUUUAUUCUUGUAUCGAGAACUAGUUCAUUAGGUAGAAUUAUCAAGUUCUAGACAGUUCUUUGGAAUGAACUGUUUUGUCCAUCUCUAAUGUUCUCAUCAAAUCCGAUAGGAAAAUACUUUAAAGCAGGUAUGCCCAACCUGUGCUUCGCAGGCUAAUUUUAUACACGAUGAAUUGCAGAAAAUUAUUAUGGUUCCAAAGGGAUCCGCGAUAUGAAAAGGUUGGGAACCACUGCCAAGGUGGUAAGUGACCGGGAAAAAUGGGAUGGCAUGACUGUUGUACCUAUCGUUUAUUGUAUUGUAGGUAUAUGCACAUCUAAUGAUUUUAAAUUGAAUUUUAUUACACGAGAAUUUAAAUUUUGUUGUCUGAUAGGACCUAGGCUAAUAAUUGGUUUUAUGGUUUCCAUCACAAUCAGAGCAUGACAAUUCAUCUGAGGGUAUAGUUUAUUGAACAGACGUGUUUGAAAGCGAAUUACUAUAAUUUAAAUAGAGUAUGUCCGUAUGAUACUCUGUUGUACCAUGGCCGAAGCCCUGGCAAUGACGAUAUUGUGCUAGGUUCGCUGUACCAUCAUGCCGUUUAUAAUUUUCCCGCCGAACUGAGAUUUUCACUUUCAGUUCCGGAAGGAACGAAGAAAGCUCUGCACAAAAUGCUUUGAAAUAGCAGGCAUAGAUUGUUGUUGGUUAUCCAGAGUGGCAAGCAUCAAUUUUAAGGAGUCAUUGUUCCUUAUUGAUCUAUUUUCCCUAUUGAUUCAUUUCCCAAAAACUUCAAGGAUCAGCCCCAUGGGGUUGUUUAAGCCACUAAUUUGGAACAAGGCAACCAAAAUUGCUAAUGAUCGACAUUUUCAAUCAAACAGUUCAAUCAAUCGUCACACUUUUGAAUCCGCAAUUGCACGAGAGUCUGCUUAGAUUGUUCUUUAUCAGGAACCAACACUGAACACGCGAACCCAGAAUAUAGACUUUGUUUGUCUUGAUUUGUAUUUGUUAUGUAGCCGACGAAAUUACAUCAAUAUUCUAAAUGUAUGUAAUUAUAUCUUUGUACACACUUGCGCUACAGAUUUAGAUAUUUUAGCUUCUCUUCGCCAAGCUUGUGUUCAAGUUUUGUAGGCACGCAGUUAUUACUAUAGCGUUAAGUUUCUCUACCAUUACUACCAUUCUGCGAUUUUGGUUGAAGCAAUAAACUGCUUCUUAUUAUUAAUUGAGUUCAUCUUAUAUAAAUUAGAAAUUAAUCUUAAGCGCUCAAAUUUACCUUGGGGUAGUCGAAAAAACUCUCAGGCGAAAACGACAUAACAGGGGAUUUCGACCGAACUCGCAUGACACAAGAUCUGAGCAUACCCAUUAACACUGGCUGAGACCAGUGUGUUUCAGGGCGCUUUAGAGGGUUAUUUUCACACUUCAAAUCUGAUUUUCUCCGAAACGAUGACGAAUAUCAAAAAACCCAAUUGACAAUGUCUUAGAAAAUUAGUUUAUUCUGUAAAAAUUUCAGAAUGAUUCGUUGACUUUAGCGAUCAUAAAAAUCUUUUUUCUGAAGGAAGAAUUUCAUAGCUGAAAAAGGCAACUUUGAACUUGUUCAUUGAAUAUCUCACCUUCAAAAGCAUGGAUCAGAAAUCUAUCCUGACAUGGUCUAGAUAAUAAAAAUUAGAUUCGAUUAGUGCAUAAAAAAAUAUAUGUUGGCCCGAUAAAAAUGAAGUGAAUGUUAUUUUGUGAAGCUAAGUCGAUUUCUAUGACUAUGAUUUAUUUUUACUGCUCCAGUUUCCUGGUAACGUAACGAAACAUGAGAGACAAAUAAAAUCGGUUCAGUAAGGCUGCCAAACAAGCGGUGUCUUUAUUGGAUGCAGACACAUUUUAUGCAAAAUUGUAACCGAAAUAUCAAAACUUUCUUGGCCACCCGGCCACAUCGAGAGUCAUUUUGCACAUUUGCGAGAGAGCAUGGAGGGAAAUGUAAUACGCAUUUCUCGUCUAUUUUGAGUCAAUGAAAAUGACUUGAAAUUUUGAAAAUGAAUAACCGUACCUAGUCACUUGAUGUUUUUCUUGCUCAGUUUGUAGUGCCAAGUAGUGUACCUCUUUCAUUGUCUUCCUUUUCUUCGCUGUGGGUAGUGAGCAAAACUCCCUCUUUUGUUACUUCUUUGAGAGAAACGAAUGAAGAACGGGAUGAUGUCCAUUCGGUGCGACAGCGAAGGUUGUGUGUUAGAAUGUAAAAUUUACUGCAGUAGAGUGAUCGUCAGUGUGUGCACAUAUUCGAUUCCAAUUUAAUUGAAUGAAGUUUUACAGCACUGCUCACGAUGGGUAUGACAGUACUAACCCUUCAACUCAUUUAAUUUUUUAAGUUUUUUAAAUCGUAUCUUCGGUUAAACUUUUUAUCGUAUUCCGCAAGUAGGUUGAUUGAAAAAAGAUUACAAAUAGAUUCAAUGACCACACAAUUAUUGAAACGAUCAUUUUCUGUAAUAUCGAUCUGUUGCUAGUUAAGCAUUUCAGCGCUUUUUUUUCUGAAGUUCGAAUAUUUAUUGGUUUUGCUGUGUUUUGUUUUCCGAUAUAUCGAUUCAAAAAUGAUAAUAAUUGUAGACAUAGUUGAUCAUGGAACUGUUGAAAAAAAGUUCUUAGAAAGUUUUUUUGGCCUUACUCAUAUAGAAAAGUUUUGCAUUUGUGUCAUAUGCCAUUCGACUCACUUCGUUGAGUUGAGCAAUAUUUGCGCAUGAGUCCAAUGAAGAGUCACUCAUUUUUCUCAGAGAUGACUGUACCGAUUCAGAGUGACGAUGCAAAAAAACGGGAAAAUUGUUCUAAACUCAACUUAUAACUGUUCGACAAAUCGACAAGGUUAUGUUAGUUUAUUCCCAAUUAUACUUCUAGUAUUUAUUCAAUUUUUUGAAAAAAAAAAAACAUUUUUUGAAUGAUAUUUAUGAAAAUAUGCGUAAUACGAUAUAGGCAUCGUUAAACCACUAGGUCGAUUAAAACAAGCCCUUUUUCCUAAUAAGUGAAUUAAAUCCAUUAUUUUUAUCACAAGUAAUCGAAGUAAUAAACUUCUCUGAUGAUCUCACGACAAAUGAUUUCCCUCCGAUUGACCAUCCCUAAUCGCAGCAGCGCCGUCAGCUGUAUUAUAGUAAGCGAGUUCGGGCGAAAAGAGCGACACGAAAACACAGUGGGCGCGCAUUUUCGGAUCGUUUUGUUUCAUCGUGCCAAAAUCGAAUGAUCACUUUCCGAUCGGCAGCAUGAAUCCCGAUCGCCGAGACGCGGUUGUCCAUCGCAGGUCAACAUCGUUUUUUUUUGUAUGUCAGCGAAGAAAAUAUAAAACAAUCAACAUCAGCCGAUAAAAAGUAAAUGAAAGCAAGAGUGGGCACGUAUCUUGCCUGCCUGCAUGGUUCAUAAUUACAUGAUUAAAAACAAUAUAAAUUACGGACAGCAAAUUAUAGUACUGUAUGUUAUUAAGCAUGAUAGCAAUUAUAUAAUGAAACUUUGAUUAAAAGUAAUCUCAGAUCAAAUUGAACAAGCAAAGGGCUGCAAAUCGGAACCAAAUGCAAACAACUAGUAAAAAAAAAACAAAAAAGUCAGGAAAAACAAUCUGCACCCGAUCCACGACAGUUUCUUCCUGCGCUUCCUGAGAUGAAAUACACGUGAUGUACAAGAUGAAUGAUCGGGUAAUAAAGUCAUUAGGGAUUUGGGGGUUGUAAAAAUAUAUUUUAAGGUAGCAGCAGCUCGGCUUCCACAACUCCAAACCAUAAUUCCUAUGCAUGCAGCGGCAAAUUAAUUUGUUAAUCAUCAAUCAAUGAAGUAAGUAAACUCAAAAAAAGAAAAAGAAAUGAGAACAGAUCAGUACAGAUCGCCGGUGGGAAGUGAAUUGAGGUUAGGGAAAUUCAUUUUCAGAUAGCAUACGUAAGCAGUAAGCUGCUUAACUGGUAGAGCACAUUAACGCAAGUGAGAAUCAAGAAUCAAGUUUUAUGAAAACUUUGCAAAAUACAGGAAUACCGGCUCCGAAUUCGGCAGAGCAAGAAGGAGGGUAAAACGGCUGAACUUUGUAGUGCAAGAGAGCAUAUAGGCGUAAUCGCUAUAUAUUCUGCUAAACUGAUGGUAUACAUAUUAUGUGAAUAAUAAGUGUUUUUUUUUAUUGAAAAAGAAA